AUGAUGAUUGAAGGUGGGUUACAGGAUAUUUUGAUCAAGGUGUUGAUGUUUGCUGUUGUUCAAGCUCUGGUUUAUCUCAUCCUUUCUAAAUCGUCAAACAUCUUCUCCAAAUCCAAGUACAAGAGAUCGCAUAGUUUCAAACCAGCUCGAUCCGUUAGUAUUCGAAGGAUGAUGGCUGCUCUCCAAGACUUGCCUGCAGGUGGAGAGCCAUCACCGACUACUACAAAUCAAGAUCAUCCAACUGCGUCUUAAUAGUUAUUUAGGAGGCUUGCAUACACAGAUAUUAGAGAUUGGCGUGCUUGUUAAUUUAUAUAUAUAUGUAAAUCUAAGCGAGUUUUCGGUUGCUUGUACUCAAUGUGAAAUCAGAUCAUUCUUGUAAGUUAAUUAUUUACACAGAAAUUAUAAUAUUUGUUGUGAUA